ACGGAAGAGGAGGCGACAUGCCGCGCAUGCGCCAUUUAAGUCUACGUCAGCUCUGUUUCCUUCAGCUGAAGCGACGUGUCUUUUCUCUUCGUGUCGAGCAGCUCAAACUGUGCUUUAAUCAUGGACCAGGUGAUGCAGUUCGUGGAGCCUAGUCGGCAGUUCGUCAAAGACUCCAUAAGGCUUGUAAAGAGGUGUACAAAACCCGACAGAAAAGAGUUCCAGAAGAUUGCCAUGGCAACAGCCAUUGGGUUUGCCAUCAUGGGUUUCAUUGGUUUCUUCGUGAAGCUCAUUCACAUCCCCAUCAACAACAUCAUUGUUGGUGGUUAAAUCUUGUUCGAGCAAAAACACACCAUCUGCGGGGAGAUGCUGGCGGAUGUUAUUGGAGUGGUUUGAUGGGGACUGAAGGGACGGCAUUUUUAUAGUCUGUUCUCAACGUUUAUAUUGUGACAUGUAAAUAAAUCAAGUGGAAACCCAAA